AUGGACUUAAUAAAGUCAGAUUCAGAUAUUAAUUCCUUUACGGGCCUUUCAAAAAUAGGGUAUUUAAAAGAUAUUGCUAAAAUAUCAAAUAUUUUAAUGGCUAAACUGCAGUACAGUAUAAAAUUUUCUUUAAACAUAGAAAUGCGAAUAUGUUUAACUUUGUGUAAGUUGAAGUUAAAUAUGUCCUAUAAAAGUCUUUCAGUGUUAUUUGGAAUAAGUGAUACAUCUUGCAAAAAUUAUUUUAUAGAAACGAUCAAUCUUUUAUUUCUGAUUUUUAAAUCAAUGAUUGUAUGGCCUUCUAAAAGUAAAAUAGAAAAGAAUUUGCCAUCCUGUUUUACAAAUUAUAAAGAAACAAGAGUGAUACUUGAUUGCUUUGAAACAACAAUUGAAAAGCCAAAAUGUUUAAAUUGUAGAAUAAGAACAUAUUCACACUACAAAGACAAUAAUACGAUUAAAAUGAUGGUUGGAAUUUCUCCAGAUGGUUUGAUUACUUUUUUAAGCUCAGUGUAUGGUGGAAGAGCGAGUGAUAAAUUUAUUUUUGUCGACAGUGAAAUUUUGAACAAAUGCACAGAAGGAGGUGCUAUCAUGGUCGAUAAAGGUUUCUUAAUUGAACAGGAAUGUGCUGAUAGUGGUGUAAAGUUAUUUAGACCACCAUUUUUAGGUAAAAAAAAACAGCCGAGUACAAAAGAUGGUAUUGAAAAUGCAGAAAUAGCCAGAGCUCGAGUGCAUAUAGAAAGAGCAAUCCAAAGAAUAAAAAUUUUUAAAAUCUUACAACAAAAAGUACCUUGGUCGUAUUUGCCUAUUAUUGAUAAAAUUACUACUGUAAUCUGUGGGGUGGUUAACAUUUCUAGACCAAUUAUCAGCGAAAGUGGUUUUAAUAUAGGAAGAAAUGAUGAUUAG